AUGGUUUGCAGCGCUAGCGUAGGUAUGGGAAGAUGUCGAUCCAAGCGGGGUAUGAGCACUGCGUCCCCUAUGUGGGGUAAGAGGAGUUUGCGGNCCGAAAAAUCUGCGGAUUCAUCAGCCCGACUUCUCAGCUUCAUCGCAACACAAAUGGCAAACUCUACCAAUCCCGUACCACCAUCCCUUGCCAUCCCAGAAUUCACCGUCACUCAAGCUCAAAUCCGGAUCAAUGUAGCAUGGUUCCUCAGUCUCUCAGUCAGCAUGAUAGCUGUGGUACUCGGUAUCCUGUGCCUUCAGUGGCUUCGAGAAUUCCAACGCGACAAUGCAGCCCUCCCUCACAAAGACGCCGUGGCCCUUCGCCAGAUGCGAUACGAGGGGCUGACGAAAUGGCAGGUCCCUGGCAUGCUCUCCAUUCUCCCCCGCCUCCUCGAACUAUCCCUCAUCCUCUUCCACUUUGGUCUCCUCGACCUCCUUUGGUCCCUCAACACCACCGUGGCAGCAUGUGUCUCUGCAGUAUUUGGGAUGGUCGCGCUCGCCGUAACGGCGAGCACAGCUCUCCCUGCCCUACAAGACGCCUUGACAAGGAACGGACAUCUCCGCGUUCCUCAGUGCCCUUACAAAUCCCCGCAGUCGUGGCUCUUCUAUCGCGCUGGGCACUGA